CGCUUAUUUGAUAAAUUUGUAGCAACUCUUUCAUUGACCAAUUGAUCCAAACGGUGAUUGCAAGUCAUGUCUUCGAGAAGAGCUCUUCAUUUUGUCCUCAAAAUCGGCGACCGAUUCAAGAGUAUUGAGUUCUUUCGGGAUGUCUUACGGAUGAAGGUCUUAAGACACGAAGAGUUCGUCGAUGGGUGUAAGGCCUCAUGCAAUGGUCCAUACGAUGGCCACUGGUCUAAGACUAUGAUUGGUUACGGCCCUGAAGACCAUCACUUUGUCUUAGAGUUGACUUAUAAUUACGGUAUCAAUGAAUACCAAUUGGGAAACGACUUGAGCGCCAUUACCAUCGAAUCCAAGACCCUUCUCAACCACAUUAAGACUACUAAAUAUGAUUUCAAUGAUAAUAAUGGAGUCAUUAGUGUCUUAUCGCCCGAUGGAUACAAAUUCAUUAUAAAUGAUUCAAACAGUGAUAACACAACCGAUAGGAUAACACGGGUCUCACUGUCGAGCUCUUCACUGAACCUAUCGAUAGACUAUUGGAACCGUUUGCUAGAUAUGAAGAUAUUUGAGUCAAAUGAUAGGUCAGCCCUUCUGGGGUUCAAUGAGAAUGAAUGCAAACUCGAGUUCAUUGAUAUCAAAGACAAAGUGAGACACGAGAAGGCCUUCGGAAGGAUUGCCUUCAGUUGUCCUGAAGAUCAAUUGGCAGCCAUUGAGUCGCGGGUUAAAGACGAGAAGCAGACUAUUUUGACGCCUUUAGUCAGUUUAGACACACCGGGGAAGACGACCGUUCAGGUGGUGAUCCUCGCAGACCCGGACGGACACGAGAUCUGUUUCGUUGGUGACGUCGCCUUCAGACAGUUGUCACUAAUAGAUCCCGAGGCAGACAAAGCGCUCAACAAAGCUAUGUCUGAAGACAAGAGCGACCAGUGGUUCCAAUCGAAGGGUCUCUCAAAGGAUAAAGUUUGAGAUAACGAGCGAUGCA